CGGUGCUGAGCCUCAGGAUUCAGACUGCUGGGUUUGAAAUCUUAGCUCUGCACCGAACCUAAUGGGUAACUCUCAGCCAGUUAUUUAGUGUCUGCGUUUCCCCAUCUGUAAAUGGGGACAACAGCAGCCCUUUGCUAACAAGCAUCACAGCCCGUUCUCGGCAGCACAGGGCACUUGGUGAGUGUGCUGCUGGGUGACAGAUGACAGGACCUUGUUCUUUCAGUUUGAACCUCGACUAGCAAUCUGGUUCACCUGCAACCUGCUUUCCAUGAAAACAUAAGAAACUAUUUUGAAAAAUAACCUGAAAUCUUGAUGUGGACACUAGCUCGUUUCAAAUGGGCUUCACGGGACCAUCCUUGAAAGGGUACCAGAGCAUCCCUUCUCCAAGCACUGCUUCUGACAGCUCAGCAGGUGCCCUGGCCUUUCCUCCCUGACUCACCAAACACCGCCAGUGAGCCACUGUGUGCCAGAGCGCUGGCCACGUCCGGGUCAGCACGCUGUUCUAUGAAUUCUCUCAGAUGAUUAUCAUGCUCUGUGCCACGUCUCCCUGGCAGGAUGGGCGUGGGGGGCUAGACCUCAGCAGGUGACGUUGGGCUCAUAGUCCAGCCACUUCCCAGUUGUAGCCCCUUGGGCAAGUUAGAGAACUCCUUCCUCAGCCUCAGUUUCUGCAGCACUAAAUGACGUCAGAGCCCUACCAGUGCUCAGGGAUGUCAAGGGCAUCAGAUAUGUCCCUGCACAUACAGCCCUGAGUCAGUUCCCCACACAGUGUGAGGACUCGGUAAACAUCCAGCAUGAUUCCCACAGUCUCAGAUGGCUAGGGUCCCCCUGGUGCCCAGUGAGGAGCUGCCAAACUGAAUCGACUUUGUUCACCCCAUUUUCCUCCAGGAACUGCUCCAGGAAGCUGUGACAAAUUUGAGAGAACUGGAAAAGGAGUGUAUGAAGCAGAAAGAAUUCAUGACAAAGCAAAUAACCGAAUGGAAUAGGAAGGUGAAGCUUCAGAGACAGAAAAUCCAGGAUGACUUCAAGGAUUUGCACAGCUUCCUGCAGGAGGAGGAGAAGUCUUUCCUGUGGAGACUGGAGAAGGAGAACGAGCAGACUCUGAAGGCUCUGAGGGACAGCGAGGCCAGUCUGCAGCGCAAGAGGCGUGAACUUGAGAGUCACAUCCAGCACCUGGAGGACAGGUGUCAAGGCUCAGCCCAGAAGCUGCUGCAGGUGAGGUUGGGCACUCAGAGGAAGGAAAGGUGGGGUCUGUCCCUGAGCGAUGGAGGGGACAAUGGUGAGGCAGGGUGAGGAGAUAGGCGAGCCCACCAGCCUUGAUCAAAGGUGGCACAUCAGGUGGGGACUUUGAAGUGGCCUUUCUUUUAGAUGCAGAUCCAUGUCUGCAAGGUGGCUUCACUAUUCUAUAAGCUUCCUUACGUGAAUCAGACCAACAUGCCUCCUGGGUGCAUAUGCGGAGUUGCACUGCCGAAGAGACCUUGCGGUCAAUUCUAUUCCCAUUUACCCUGUCCAUGUGUCAGUCUCCUGAAAUACUCGUCCAGGUGACUGUGGGUGAGGAGGUGGGGCAGCCAAAUGAAUGGGAAACUUUGCCCCAGUUUGCUUACAACAGCCCUGGUACCCAGGCUCUUAGGGAGCCCAUUAGGAUGAAGCACCCCUGGCUGUUUAUUUCAGUCUCACUAACAGGGCUGCAGGUCAUCCCCUGAGGCUGCGAGCAUAGUGUGACCGCUCCACCACCACCUGUUGCCACCACCAUGGUGGCCCAGCCUCAGGGCAGCUCUCUGACGACUGGUCUCUAAUACGGGUUCACUCGGAAGGAAGUUAGGUGAAUGAGAGCCAGUGUUGCCCGAGGGAGCAUGGGGUGACCAGCUGGCCCUGCUCCCCAAGCAGCCCACAAGCUCCACAGCCUCAGCAGGACGA